AUGGCCGUUGUAGGGGAAAAUCCGGACAUUAAUGCUAUACAGGAAUCUAUAGCAAGUUACCUGGGUAUACAGCUAAAGGACCAAGCUAAACAGGUAAGAGUCGACAAACUUCGUCAAGGGUUUGAGGCCAAAUUAAAGGGAGGUGAGAAUAAGUUCCUAAUAAUACUGGAUGAUGUUUGGAAGCCGGUUGAUUUGGAAGAUAUUGGUUUAAGCCUUUUGCCAAAUCAUGGUGUCAACUUCAAGGUCUUAUUGACAUCACAAAACAAAGAUGUUUGCACUGAGAUGGGAGUUAAGGCUGAUUCGGUUCUUAAUGUGGGACUUUUAACAGAAGCAAAUGUUGAAGCACAAAGCUUUUUCCUCCAACUUUGGGAACCAUAUGAUGAUGUUGAUCAUGAGCUCCAUAAGAUCGGAGAAGAAAUUGUAAAGAAGUGUUGUGGUUUACCCAUUGCCAUCAAAACCAUGGCCUGCACUCUUAGAAGUAAAAACAAGGAUACAUGGAAGAGUGCACUUUCUUGUUUACAACACCAUGACAUUAGCACAGUUGUGCCUACUGUUUUUCAAACCAGCUAUGACAAUAUCCAAGACGAGGUGACUGGAGAUACUUUUUUGCUAUGUGGUUUGUUUCUGGAGGACUUCGAUAUUCCUACUGAAGACUUACUGAAAGAAGCAAGAUACCAGCUGAACGUGUGCAUUGAGCGACUCAUGCAUACCAAUUUGUUGAUUGAAAGUGAUGUUGUUGGGUGCGUCAAGUUGCACGAUCUGCGCGCCAGCUUGGCCUGGCGCACUCCUGCCAGCCCUGCCUGGCCUUCCCUUGCCAGCCCUGCUGGGGACUCUCCUGCCGGCUUGGCCAGGCGCUCCCUUGCCUGGCACUCCCUUGCCAUGGAGGAGGAACUUUCCCUAGACUCUCUCCCCCAAGUGGUCCAGCCACCACUAGACUUCCCCAUGGCUCAGCCGCCACUAUACUCCGGCCGGGUGGCUCAGCCACCACCCGCCGCCGCCAUACACCACCACUAG